UCAUCGAAUUACGUCAUCGCAGUGACGUCAUUGAUUCAAAAUGGCGGAGGGCUGGGUGGCAACAAGAAAGGCACUGAGUAAAUUCCAAGAUAUCUUUUUGUGUAGCGUAUGUGAGGGUGUCAUUAGUGAUCCAUCUAUCCUUUCUACUUGUAGACAUGAGUUUUGCAGACAAUGCCUUCAGAACAGUGGCACAUGUCCAAAAUGUGGCUCCCCUUAUUGGAAAAAAGACAUACAGACAUUCACUGCCCUACAGUCACUAGUACUACACCUCAAAACAUUAGAAGACAUUAUUAAUGUGGGACCCUCUCCAAAAAAUGCACUUCUACUUACACCAGCCCGGGCCCCUACUAUAGAGACCACGCCCAUUUUAGAGACCACACCCACAACAGCCACUUCUAUAGAAUCAACACCUACAAUAUUGACGGCACUAAGACCAGUGAAUUACAGGUGGGCUCCGUCAAAACGAGGUAGAAGUGAUGAUAAGGUUUCUGAUAACAAGAGAAACGCAAGAGGCGAGACAAGACUCCAAGUUGCUGUUAUUAAGGGUAAUUAUAUUAAAGUGAAGGAACUGCUUGAAGGAGGGGCUGAUCCUAAUGUAACAGACAAUGCUGGCUGGACACCAUUACAUGAGGCAUGUAAUCAUGGAUACGAGGAUAUUGUAGAGUUGCUGAUAUCUUACGGGAGUUUGUUAAACGUACCAGCAGAUAAUAAUGACACUCCAUUGCAUGAUGCCGUCAUGAACAAUCACACAAGGAUUGCAACCAUUCUUGUUGAAAAUGGUGCAAAUACAUCACUUAGGAACUCUGAAGGAUACACUCCUUUAGAUUUAGCAAGACAACGUGACAUGAUAGAUGCAUUGUCAGUAGUUCCACUGGUAUUAUCCAGUCCAAUAAUUGACACUGCCAAUGAUACACUAAUAUUGCUAGGAUCAGGAUUAAAGCCACAUAAUAAGAGUUUAAUGAGCAAGACUAGCGAGAGAUUGGGGAGGUGUGUUGUUGUAAAUGAAUUCAAUGCAAAAGUUACUCACGUUUUAACCGAAUCUAAUGAAAAAGGAUGCUGCACUAGAACAAUGAAAUGCUUGUCUGCUGUAGCUAAAGGAGCUUGGCUACUGCAGUCUGAGUGGCUAAGAGCUAGUUCAAAGGAAGGUCAUUGGAUUAAAGAAGAAGAUUACGUCAUAAAAGGAUUUCAUUACGAAGGAAAGUCAUGGCUGACCGGUGCUCCAUUAAAAAGUCACAACAAUGCAAUAGAAAAGUGCCCUGGACUAUUUAAUGGACUAGAAUUCUACAUUGAUACACAUUUGGUCCCACCUCAACCAACAAGAACUGAGCUAAAGAGCCUCAUAGAGCUAGCAGGAGGGAAGGUAUUACUGAGGGAACCAACACCAUCAGAGAAUGAAAAGAAAUUUCCAUUUCAUGCAAGCAACACGUCACCACAGCUAUUCAGCAUAUGCAGCAAGAUCAUCAUAACUAGCAAACCUGGAAUUAAUCAACUCUCACUUUCUGCUUCAUUAAAGGGGAGCACUCAUGUAGUAUAUACGACCGUGUCGUGGGUUUUAGACUGUCUGUCACAAUUUAAAUUAAUAGAAUAUUAUUAAUCAAUCACUUAGUUCAUCCAGUGUUAUUAUUCUUCUCUUUUUUAUUCUUAUGAUGUCCUCACUGUCA